AUGUUGACGCAGACAGACAGCCCGCUGGUUGCACCUCAGGUGACGGACCCUUCCACAUUAUCGAAGGCAGUGCGUGCUCCCUCCCAUUUGGAGCUUAGUCCCACUAGUCCCGUAGUCAACGGCCUGCGGCAAUCCACCAUCGCCUUCAAAGUGCAACGUACUAAGACUAGCUCACAACUUGUUGCUGCCAAUGGAAAUAUUGCACCAGUGUUGCAUGUUGCUGAAUCACAAAACGAUUCCGAUGCAGCGGUGAAAGUGUCGAAACCACACGGUGGUGGUGCUGUGCGCAGGCUGAAGCAAACUCUUUUGAUAGAGGAACCACAAACAGUGGAACCAUCUCGACAAUCAGCUAAAAAUGUACAGAAAUUUGCCAAGUCGACGAGAAGCCGACGGACGGCUACUCAUCGCAGCCUCAGCGUCUUCGACCCUUCCCCCGCUAGUGGGGAGCAACAACUGCAUCGACAGCCAAAGGCUUGCUCUCUCAGUCCCAAGAAGCAACUUCGCGCCAAUUCACCCGUGUUGCAGACCAAAACCGCCACUAUGCGACUUCAACAGACCCAGCUCCCAAACUUCGGCAUCCGACGAACGGCUCGACAGUUCGCCAAGGAUAUGCAGCAACAAAAAGAGGCUGAAGUUAUUUCAACCAUUCUUAAAAGCGAGGAGUCCGGCAUGAAGGUCGUGAUUACCGAGGAUAAGGGUCGAGGGGUGAUAACCACGCGGACAUUUUUCCCGGGUGAAUUCGUGGUGGAGUACAUUGGUGAACUCAUCUCCGGCAGUGAGGCGCGUAUACGUGAGGCGGAGUACAACAAGGACCCCAACGUGGGAUCUUUCAUGUUCUUUUUCUCCCAUGGAAACCAGCGCUACUGUGUGGAUGCAACCGAAGAGACGGGUAAACUAGGCAGACUCAUCAAUCACAGUCGACUACAUCCUAACUGUGUUGUCAAAGUUAUACCCAUCAACGGAAUCCCUCGUCUGGCCCUUUUUGCGAAAACUGAAAUUCCACCAGGGGAGGAACUUCUAUACGACUAUGGCGACCGUGGUAAAGCGAGUCUCAUCGCUCAUCCGUGGCUUAAAACUUAG